AUGGCGUUUAUUAAAGAGGAGAUUGAAGACAUGAGGAUUGAAGAAGUAUUCAGUCUAAAACAUGAAGAGACUGAGGAACAAACAGACCUGAUGCUACUGAAAGAGGAGAGGCAAGAACUGAAUGAAAUAAAAGAGGAGGAAACGUAUGAGGAACAUCAUGAUUAUAUAACUGGAAAAAAAUCCACAAAUACCGAAAAGACUUUCUCACGAAAAAGAGCCCAGAAGAAAUCUUACGAAUUUUACACCUGCCAUGAAUGUGGAAAGAGUUUCAGUCGAAAACAAAACCUUAACGUCCAUAUGAGAAUUCACACGGCAGAGAGACGUUUCACUUGUCAACGAUGUGGAAAGACUUUCAGUCUAAAACAGAACCUUAAGGUACACAUGAGGAUUCACACAGGAGAGAAACCUUACACCUGUCAACAAUGUGGAAAGAGUUGCACUCUAAAACAAAACCUUGAAAACCAUAUGAGAAUUCACACAGGAGAGAAACCUUUCACUUGUCAACAUUGUGGUAAGAGUUUCAUUCAAAGAGGGAACUUUAUAAACCACAUGAUUCUUCACACUGGAGAGAGGAAUUUUACCUGCCCUCAAUGUGGAAAGAGCUUUAAACAAAAACAAGGCCUUCGUUCCCAUAUGAGAAUUCACACUGGAGAGUGUGGAAAGAGUUUCACACUUUCACAGACCCUUAAUUCCCACAUGAGGAUUCACUCAAGAAAGGACUGUUUAAUAUGUCAACAGUGUGGAAAACAUUUCAGUAAUAAAAUAAGCUUCAAGACUCACAUGAAAGUUCAUACUGGAGAGGAGCCUCACACAUGCGCUCAACCCACAAGUUUCUCUUCCUAA